GAAUCCUCUGUCAUGCAUGUUAAACAAAUGGCACGCAAGAAGAUCAGAGAGUAUGACUCCAAGAGAUUGUUGAAGGAGAACUUCAAGAGGCUUUCUGGCUACGAGUUGCCGAUUAAAUCCGCACAAGUUACGGAAUCAACAGAUUUCAAUGAGCUAGCAGAGAAGGAACCCUGGCUUUCAUCAGGGAAACUGGUUGUGAAGCCUGACAUGCUAUUCGGGAAGCGUGGAAAGAGUGGUCUAGUUGCCUUGAAUCUAGAUUUGGCUGAAGUUGCUGUUUUUGUGAAAGAACGCCUUGGAAAAGAGGUUGAGAUGAGUGGAUGCAAGGGACCUAUAACAACAUUCAUUGUUGAACCUUUCAUUCCCCACAAUGAGGAGUUUUACCUUAAUAUUGUCUCAGAGCGGCUUGGAUCCAGCAUAAGCUUUUCAGAAUGUGGAGGAAUUGAAAUUGAAGAGAAUUGGGAUAAGGUUAAGACUAUCUAUGUUCCAACAGGGUCCUCAUUUACAUCGGAAACAUGUGCUCCACUUGUUGCAAUCCUUCCAUUGGAGAUAAAACAGGAAAUUGAGGAGUUUAUUAAAUCAGUUUUUGCUUUGUUUCAAGAUCUUGACUUCACUUUCCUAGAGAUGAAUCCUUUCACUUUGGUCAAUGGAAAGCCUUAUCCCUUGGAUAUGAGAGGCGAGCUGGAUGACACUGCUUCUUUCAAGAACUUCAAGAAGUGGGGCAACAUUGAAUUUCCAAUGCCAUUUGGUAGAGUUAUGAGCCCAACAGAGAGCUUUAUCCAUGGACUAGACGAGAAGACAAGUGCAUCCUUGAAAUUCACAGUUCUCAAUCCAAAGGGGCGAAUUUGGACUAUGGUAGCUGGAGGAGGUGCAAGCGUCAUCUAUGCAGACACAGUUGGAGAUCUUGGUUAUGCUUCUGAGCUUGGGAAUUAUGCAGAAUAUAGUGGAGCCCCCAAUGAAGAGGAAGUAUUGCGAUACGCCAGAGUUGUAAUUGAUUGUGCAACUUCUAGUCCUGACGGGCGUAAGAGAGCACUUGUAAUUGGAGGAGGGAUUGCUAACUUCACUGAUGUAGCUGCUACAUUUAAUGGCAUAAUUCGAGCCUUGAAGGAAAAGGAAUCUAAGCUUAAAGCAGCAAGGAUGCACAUGUUCGUGAGGAGAGGAGGUCCUAAUUACCAGAGAGGCCUUGCAAAAAUGAGGUCACUUGGUGAAGAAAUAGGAAUUCCAAUUGAGGUCUACGGCCCUGAAGCAACAAUGACAGGUAUAUGCAAGCAGGCGAUCGAGUGCAUCACCGCGGCUGCAUAAACGGCCAAGCCUAGAAUCCAUCUGCCUUGUUUCUUUUCUGGUGUCAACUUUCUGAUUAUCAUUUAGAUAUUUAGUAACAAUUUCUUUGUAACAGGAAUACCAGGAAGUAGUAUUAGUUGUCAAUGGACCAAAGAAAUGGAGUGAUGCCAAAGUCUAGUAUAAUGUUUCACUUUUCCCAUAUAUUUAAAAAAAAGAGCUGCUUGCAUUGAA